UUUUUACUUUACAAUUUUGAAAUCUUGUAACUGACUUCAGUUAACUAGCGUGUGGACUGUUGGGUUUACUGCAUACUCUCUUUGGGUUUUUCUUCUGAAAACAUUUGUGGAUUGGUUACUAAGACAGUCAGUCCGUGCUUUUGCCAUUAUGGAGGAGUCUGCCAGGACGUUCCUGCCGAACAGCGAUCCAACUGUGGAAACUCCAUUGGAAAUCAGCGAUCAGCAGAUCCUCCGGACUAGCGAUAAAACUGUAGAAAUGAUGGGUCCUAUGGAAAUCAGCACACCGUCGGAGUACAGGACUUAUAAGCGGCGAUGGUUCCUCCUGAUCGUUGUCAGCAUCCUGAAUUUGUCAAAUGCCAUGGUAUGGAUAACAUUUUCUCCGAUUGCUGACCUCACUACUGUUUACUAUAAUAUAGAUUCCUUCCAAGUGAAUAUACUAUCCCUAGUAUUUCUCAUUGCCUCGAUUCCUUUUGGACUGACAGCUUCAUGGAUCCUGGAUACCUUUGGCCUGAGAGCUAGUUUACUGACAGCAGCAUGGCUGAAUGGUAUCGGGUCGUUGCUUCGUAACUUCAGCACAUUCGACUUUGUCCCAGGUGACUCAAAGUUCGCAGUGCUGUUGGUUGGUCAGAUUUUAGCAGCUUGUGCUCAACCCUUUGUGAUGUUUGCCCCUACCAAACUGGCGGCUAUCUGGUUUCCCGAAAAUCAGAGAGCAACAGCCAACAUGUUGACAUCCAUGGCGAACCCACUGGGAAUCCUCGUCACAAAUGCCUUACUGCCGGCCAUUGUGAAUGGUUGUAACAAAAAGGAAAUACCAAUUGCUCUGUGGGUGGUGACAGCGCCUGCUGUGCUUGUGAUGUUGAUGACAACAUUCGGUGUCUGUAGCUCAGUACCCCCAACACCGCCAUCAGCCAGUGCUGACGAGGACUCGCAGCCAUUCAUUCAGGGAUUCAAGAAGAUGGUGAAAAACAAGAAUUAUUGGAUACUGAACUUCCUGUUUGGAGCGGGUCUUGCCAUUUUUACUGCUUUUACCUCGUUUCUCGACCAGAUACUCUGUCCACGAGGAUACUCUAAC